AAUAGCGGUCUCCUCUCCAAUGCUCAGCAGACUGCAGCUGAGUCUCCCCACCAACCUGAGAAAGGAGAAGGAACCUCAGCCCGACAGGAGCAAUGAAGCUCAUCACAAGCCUCUUUCUCUUCUCCUUGGUCCUUUGUGUUAACAGUCAGGGUUGGUUUCGAGAGUCUCUGGACUUCCUUAAUCAGGCUCGUCAAGGUGCUGGGGACAUGUGGAGAGCCUACAGGGACAUGCGUGAAGCCAAUUAUAAAAAUUCAGACAAAUACUUCCAUGCUCGUGGGAACUAUGACGCUGCCCAGAGGGGACCUGGCGGGGUCUGGGCAGCUGAAGUGAUCAGUGAUACCCGGGAGUUUUUACAGGGGGGCAGCUUUGGCCGAUAUGCAGAAGAUUCCAAGGCAGACCAGGAAGCCAACAGAUGGGGCCGAAGUGGCAAAGAUCCCAAUCACUUCAGACCACCAGGCCUGGAUCCCAAAUACUGAGCUGGCUUUUCCCUUUUGUUCCCUUCUCCAUGUAUGUUGUGAUCUCUUCCUAGAGCCUCCUGGAUGCAUACAGCUGUAACUGCUGUAGACAUUCAAUAAACAGGAAUUCUAACCGAU